UUUCCCCACGAGGCGACCGCGCGCUCCCCAUACGCCCACGAAACUACGGCGGCGACGGCGGCGCACUAGUGGAAAACCGUCACUUCGGCCGGGCCCGUUGCAGCUGUCGCCGCGUUCGUCCUUAGCGCGCCGCCGCUGAUAUCUAUCUUCGCACCCAGCGGAGAACCCUCCUCGAAAGACGAACGGGAAGCUCGGGAGAACGCCGGGCCGCCAUCUCAGGACCAAGAACCCGGGCCGAAAGCGCAGACAACAGGCCAAGCAGGGUGGCAUGAUGGGCGUCACUCAGCUCCUCCUGGUGGGCGCCUGCUGCCUCCUGGUGAAGGAGGCCCUGGGGCUGCCCACCACGAUGGGCGGUACAGCGGGAAGCCACGCCCAGCACCACGACUCUCACGGACAACAGCAGCAGCAGCAACAACAGCAGGAACCAUCUGAUGCAGACAAGCGUUCCCAGGAGGACAUCAUGUUCGGCAACCAGCAGAACAAACCUGCAGGCAUGGUUGAUGAUCUGAUUGUGUUUCCCGAAAGAAAAUCCUCCUCUGCGCAUGGCAGCAAGGAACCUUCAGGGACCAAGCAAGAGAAAAAUGCCACGCACCACCAGCAAAACCAAGAAAAAGCAGGUGGCCGCACGGCUUCGGGCGCCGACGCAUCGGCAGGCGGCGCCCUGGAGGAGGAGGUGCCCGAGCAGGCCACGUCGGGUGCCUCUGACGCGGAACGACAGUCGGCAGACGACCUGAUGGGCGCGCCGGCAGGAGCGCCGUCUGGCAAGUUCGACUACUACGACUACGCGGACGACGCGGGAGUCUCGUCAGCCGCCGCAGCCGCCGUCGAAAGCGUUGAGAGAGCGCCCGCGCCGCAGGACAACGGCGGUGAACUGGAUUAUUCACUGUACGACUAUGGCGACGGGGGCCUGGGCGGCAUGGGUGCUGGCGUGUUCCGCCGCAAGCGGAACCUGCGGAACAGCCUGGACGAACUGCUGCGCAACCGACGGCUUCACCGACGGGCGCUGCGGCUCAAGCGAGACGCCAACAUGGACGACCUGCUUAUGUUCCUCACACAGAUGGCCAAACAGGAGCCCUACCCCUUGUUCGUUGAACAAGAGGUGCCUCAGGUGUCCCGAAUCACGCUCAAUCCACCCGAGCCGGAGAGCCCACUGGAGCAGUACCUGAACGAGCUCGGGGCCAUGAGCAACGAAGAACGGGCGCGGGCUUUGGUGGCGCUCGCCGCUCUCGCCGAUCAGGAACAACUGCUGCCGACACCCAUGACAGGACGACCCGUUUUCGAGGAACAGCAGGCUGAACCAUUGCCGGACUGGUUCCAGGUGUCACGGCGUUCGCAUGGCUCCUUCUACCCUCAGGACUACCGGUACCUGGUGAUGCCCCCUACGCCUCAAAAGCGAAACGUGGGCGCGGAUCACUGGGGCCGCGUUCUGAGGCAGCGCCGUCGACAGCAGAGAUCGCAGGACCAGGCUGACGUCAACAGGCUAUACGCGCUGGCUGGACUGAUGGCCCAGCCGGAUCAGGAAGACCUUUGGCGCGAGCCGUAGGCUCAUCGGAAAGCCCAAGGAUAUACGUUGCCGAGAAAAUUAUACCGGAGCUGAAUUGUUGUGUUGCUAUGGUUUCCAACGUUACCGGUGCAGGCUUUCAGCAAGGAGCUAACGCUCACUAUUGAUUGCAGUGAUCGGGCAGGCUACAUAAGUGCACGAAGAUCACAACAAGAUGUUUCAGUACGCAAUGCAUAGAGGAAAUGCUCAUCUGGGAACGUCGGGUGUCGAAAUACCAUCUCGAAAAUGGCAAAUGGCCAUUUUUAUGUCCCCAGCAGUAUUGCUUGUUCACGGACGAGACGUAAAUAACGUAGUCUGAAAAUUAGGUUAAAUCAUCCAAUGGUGUAUGUUGUGAGAUACCACAGCAUUUGGAGGCUUAAAUCAUAGCCUAAUUAUGCAGCGCCUGUGCAUUUUUUCUGCAAUCGAUACGAUUGCGUACAAAGAAAAAAAACUAUCGACGGAGUAUUAAAAAUUGUGUCAAAUGAAGUUAGUUCCACAAUGAAAAAAAAAAAGAAAGAAAGCCUAUAAACUAUGUACUUCGCUCGAACAGAUCGAAUUUGGAGUGAACAAAACCUCGAAAUUUCAAUGUAGAAUGCUUAUGACAUGUUGAAGAACGUCGCGUAUUCAUUAACAUAUAUUGGUACUACUGCUGCCAAGCUGUUUUUAAAGCAAUCUUGGUAAACGUGCAAAAUAUAUAGUACGUACGCUAGUAUGUUCGGCACAAACAAAAAGAAAAAAGAAAAAACGCUGCCAUGUUUCUGUGGGCAGCUGCUACAAGAGAGUCUAUGAACAUCAGAUAAGAGUGUAAUUCUCGUAAUUAGGCAGUGGUGAAUGAUAUGGUUACAGCAGCUCAGUUAGAACUUUUUGCAUUUUUAAUACACAAGAUAAAGAUAUGUGCACAUCCGUUGUAUCCGCUUGCACACAAAAUGUAUUUAAACAUUACGCUCUUGACAACCAGUUGUAGAGAGCCAAUAUGUGUGUCAUUUCGUUGCGCAUAUAUGUGGCUGUUCACCAUUUGAAAUCGGUACUAUGUUAAGUACGCCGCGUUGGCUUGUUGGUGUGUUUAUUACAUAUAGUUGCAUUUGAUUACACUCCAGUAGUGAUGUUCCGCAAACACCCAUACGGGUUAGUAUUUGUGCAUACCGUCGUGUUAUGUCCCAUUCAAGCACUAUUGCGAGUGACACCGAACCUUACGUGUGCAGGUAACGAUGGGAACCACAGUAUUUAGAAGGCGAGGCGCAUUCGAAGUGAAUGGGUGUGAUGAGGCAGUGACCUGCCUAGAGGUACUUGGACAGUGAUCUGCUUUGUAAAUGAGUUUGCUUAUCUUGAGCGUUCUGUCUUGCUUAAGCUUUUUUCGGCCGCAAAGCUGCGGUGAUAAGACAUGGAUAGGAAUAGUUGAAGAAACUUUACGAAAUGCAACAAAAUUACUUUAAUAGUGAUAUAUAUUAUCAGUAUGAUAAAUCUAAGUUUAAAAUGUGGGCAAGAUAAAUGUUGUUCUAAAUGUUGACAAGAUAAAUGUUGAUAAAAAUUUUUCAUUUCAUGUACCAGUUUUCGGAUGUGAAUUUGGUUGCGCUGUGUGGUCACAUAGGGCAAAAAUUUUCUCUUUGAGCCCGACAGUGUUGUAUGGUUUGACGGGUUAAUACCUAUUUAUGAUUCGAGCGUUUCUUUCUUAUUGUUGCUUUAUUCGCACUUGUGUAGAUUCUGCGAACGAAGUGAGCCAACAGCCAGAGUAUAAAUGAAAACAGUGGAUGGAUGAGCGCUUUACGGCCGUCAGGUGUGAUUUCGAGAAAGGCAUCUUAAUUAUUUUUAAUUUUUAAUUUGCACUCAAUGAGUAUGCCGCGGUAGUUUUUCAGCACGGUGACAACUACAUACCUUACCAAGUCCGUGAAUGCUGUUUAAACCACCGAAAGCCACCACGUUUCUUGUUGCUCGUGUUAUGUCUCACUCUGACCGUAUUAAGCGGCACAAAUUUACCAAUCAUCGUGCCCUGUGUUUGCAGUUUAUCCUUUGUCCUGUGCAAGGUAUUCUCUGCCGCAUCUCAAAGACGCGGUGUUCGUGUAUAAAGCAGUCGAAUCGUCGCAGUAUGAAAUCAGUGUAUAUCGGAGUGCUUUGCGGACAAAAGAAAUCAGUGAGCGAACCUUGAGAAGACUAUUUGUAUUCGUUUGAAUCCAUAUCCAGAACACGUGCACGUAGGUAUGUAGAACAAGUAAAGUGAUACGUCUAUUUUCCCAACUUUACCGCCAGUUGUUUACAUCGUGAACAGUGUUGCUUGUCGUCUACGUCGUUCAGCCUUUUUCACGCUAUACGAACCAAUUUGAAAAUCGAGGCAUAGAAAGUGGAUGAUGCCAGAUGUGGACGAAAGCUUCAGUCAGAGGGGCCACAUACAAAACGUUAACACUGUAACGGACUUUUAAAUUUGUAUAUUUCACGAUGUAUUUUUGUAGGAACAGUUCAUCCAUAAUUCGCCAGCGAUCCAUUUUGUUUCAGGUGCUCUUUAUUUAGUACUUCCGAAUUAAUAACUAGUUUAGUGUAAAUGGCUUUGCCUUCAGGCUUUAAAUUACAUCUUGUUUCAGGUUUCGGAUCGUUACGCACGUUUCACUUCACGUAUAAGCACUUAGCAAAUCAGCCAGUUAUUUGAAUCACUUUUCGUGGCAAUGACUUAUUCACGCAGCGUUAACUUAGCCACACAGCGGCGUGUUUAUCCGUACCAGGAUGCACGCUGCUAAGCACAUCCCAAGCUAAACAGCAUUGCACCCCAUCCGGCUAACGCUUACCCGACUCUCGUGAAAUGUUAUCUGCGAAGCAAGAGAUGCUGUGAAAAGCAACAAGCGAGGGGGAAAUACCGUGGUCCAACCUAUAUACCCCUCGUAAGCUGACAGGAUGACGCAGGACGCCACGAACAAACGCUUGAUUCCAACGGUGGACGUUGAGCUACCAGUCAUGGCCGAAUGGUGAUCGUCAUGUUGCGCGCAACAUUUGUUCCUUGUGCAAUUACGUCGUGCGAGCCUCAACAAAGUGCGAGCAUUGUACGAUAGUUUCCUCGUGGUUAUGUGACUAAAGUGAAUCGCUGUUGCGCUUGUUACGCGAGACCCUGAGACUCUUUUCGCUUUGGCUUAAUAAAAACGCUUGUUGGUGCGCGUAAUCCGCCUCAUUCCGGGGUGAAGUCUUAGCCAAUGGUGAUACGACACUCGCAUACUUUACUCACCGUUGAUACGUGUAUGUGAAACUGCUUUAAAAUACAAAAGAGCAAAAUCGUUAUCUCGUGUGUUGAUACAGCUUGGCGUCAUGUAACCUCGGCGUUUUUUUCCCGAUCCCGGUUCGCACGUGUGUCAUAAGAGUUCAAUGUGUACGCGCCGCCCUGCUCGCACAAAGCACGACAUUGCAAGUGAAUGUUACACGAAGCGAAAAUGUGGAAGUGAACGUUUCUCGAUGUCUGUCUUAACAAUUGCCCCGAAGCUGUCAGCCUUUACUUUCUUCAGUCGCUUCCACGUGAUAGCGGUAGUUCACUGAACAUUUUCCCUUCUCACCGAAACCGAACAACCUCACUCCUCGCGAUGGGCGCGACAUCUUCAAUGACAUUUUGGAAAUGUGCCCUCGCUUAGGCGCCACUGCGUCGCUUGUUCACUCACUUCAGCAUUUAUGAUUUAGUCACUAGAGUACUGAAACAUCGGGAGGUAAGAAGGAAGGAAACAGGCCGUUUAAACAUCAGUUUAAGCAGGGAAUUGAAAUAGGGAGUUUAAAACAGAAGACAGGCAGUUUAAACAUCGGAAAAGAUAGAGCAGAGGAACUGGAAAGUUAAAGGCCUUGUUUGUAACUUCAAGAUGAAAUUCAACACAGGAUUAUUCAACGGCGAAUAAUGUUAGAGGGGAAAUUAGUUGAGUUGCAGACAGAAACAAGUUUUCGUAACGAAUGUUCCAUCCCGUGAGAGGUGAUGUGGCUGACAUUUUCCUGUAUUCAGUUGUCCUUGAAAGGAGACAGAGAAAGGGAACAGCUGAUGUACUGUUCCAUCCACAGUACCCGAUCUUCUAAGAGAACAUAAUAAAACGGAACAGCGCACAGGACGGUGUGGCACUGGAGCUGGCGCACAAUUUUCAACAAGCACGCUAGUACAAGCUCGUAUCGAAUGAUGCUUGUCGAAAGUCGUGUGCCUUCUCUCCGUUUUUUCACAGUGCUCUCCCAACUGCGCGGAUAACAGGACACGAAAGUGAUGACAUCAUAGCUCCAUUAGGGGUGGCGAAGUGUCACCGUACACCCCCCUCCCCCCUCCCAACCCUUUCUCACUGAGGUCCUUACGAUCAGAACUCAGUGCAAAAAGCUCAGUGCAGGUGACAGGUAUUGAGGAGGGGGGGGUGCCCUCCCUCCCUUCCCCUGUGCGUGCGCCUAUGGUUGACAUGGCAACUGAUCCCCAGCAUUAAAUUUGUCGGCGCUCUGAAGCUUCGUUUCCUAGGAGAUCGUGGAAAAAAGGCUUGUACCCUUACCAAGGAGAGAGGGAUGACCGGGUGAGUUGGUAGCUUCCGCUGCUCGCAUUGUAGUACGUGAUCGCACAAUCGCAUACCGGUGAUUCGUAGGUUGUGUCAUAAGUAAAGGCGUUUGAAGACAUAUACUGUUGGGAGUGGCUGUUGUCUGUCGUUGUGAGUACGUGAACCGUAUAGUCCCAAGCAUCUGUUGAAAAAGUCGGAGUACGUUUACCGAAGAAAAAAGAAAAAGGGACUCUGGCACGACAUGCCAGCGAAGCGUUUGUUAUCGGCGGUGACCUGUUAUAACCGUUUGAUGAAGCCAAAGUUUAAGUGAAAGCGCGAAUGAAGUGCAUCGUGUACGUGACACUGAUGUGCAAAUGUAUCAUACGAAAACGUGGCGUGGCUCGCAUUUGAUCAAAUGUGAAUAAAGGAUGUUUUUGGAAAAUGCAAA